CUCUGGCUACUAUUUUUGACAGUGAAAAGGAAGAACGGAGAAGAAAAACCAUGAAGGUAUUGGUUAUUGGCCUUGGAGGUGUAACAAAUGGGGGGAAAACAACACUGGCAGAAAAGCUUAAGAAAAUGCUUCCCAACUGUGAUAUAAUCUCCCAAGAUGACUUCUUUAAGCCAGAGUCUGAAGUAGAAACAGAUGAACGUGGAUUUAAGCUAUAUGAUGUACUUGAUGCCCUUUAUAUGGAUGAAAUGGUGAAAAGUAUUCGCAAUUGGAUGAAAAGCCCAGCAAGCUCAGGUGUUGUGACAGAAGAGCCACAAAAUACAUGUGACAAUCUGAAAAAUACAGAUGUUGUUUAUAUUUUGAUUGUUGAAGGCUUUCUGCUAUACAAUUAUGAGCCGCUUAAUGAUCUAUGGAAUAGAAGAUAUUUUUUGACCCUUCCUUAUGAAGAGUGCAAAAGGAGAAGGAGCACCAGAGUCUAUCAGCCAGCAGAUACACCGGGUUACUUCGAUGGACACGUGUGGCCUAUGUAUCUGAAAUAUAAAAGUGAAUUGGAAGAGAAUGCAAGUAACAUUGUUUAUCUGGAUGGAACAAAAUCCCAAGAGGAGCUUUUAUCCAAUGUGUAUAGUGAUAUAAUACAAGAAUUAAAAAAGAUGAGGGAAGGAAGUCAGCAGGUCACAGCCUGA